GCACAGCAGCACCCAGGCAGACACAUCUGGCACCUCGUACACCUCCAACACAGUAAGUCUGAGUUCAACAUUACUGACCACUGAGGGGAGAGGGGCUGAGAAAUGGGGUGGCCCUUGCUAGGGGUUUCCCUUUCAGAGUUUCCUUGAAAUGGGACAAACACCUCCAAAACCAUAUCAACAUUUCUGCUGCUGGGGACAGAGACCUGGAGCACUGAUGUGCAGUGCAGGGAACCAGUAAAGCUUUCCCAGCCCUUUCUGCUUCCCAUGCCAGAUUUGUCUGGAGCUUAAACUUAGCUCAUGUAUUGUAGCAGGACAGAUGGAGUGGGCCAAGGUGGGGAAGGGAUUUUUUGCAGACAAGCUGCAGUGCUGGGGUGGGUGGGAAACUAGGGCACUGCUUUCCAGGAGACUCCAGUACUGGAGGCACUGGCUCAGCCCCAGCUGGCAGCAGGACUCAGGCAACCCACAUGUUUCCAGAGGUUUCCACUAAAGGGGAAACACCUUUGGUGCUGAAUGCUCUGAGCCCUGCAGUGGGACCAGCUAUCCAGAGGGGGCUUAAGCUGGUGGCUGGUCCACAGUGCAGCCAACCAUCCCCCUCUCCACCUCCACCACUGCUCUGCUCCCAGCAGUUCUGCUGGUUAAACCACUGAGAUCUGAGGCAGGCAGAUGGGCACCCUGGCAGGGUGAGCAUCCCACAGCUGGGGGCCCAUGUGCCUGCAAGCUGAGCCCCACCAGUGGCAGCCUCAAGUGCUGCACUGUCCUCCCUGUUCUCCCUGCCCUCCCUCUCCUCUGUGCCCACACAGUGGGGCAUUAGCCAUCUGUGACAUCCUAAGUAUAAAAUAUGAGUGUUUGGGGCACUGAGGCUAUGAGCUCCCAGCCUGCUGGAGCUCCUGAUGCCCUUAGGGACUGGGAAGUCCACCCUGACCUGGGAAGGGCACCUCGAAACUGGGAAUUGCCUUGCCAUUGUCACAGGAGAAUACUAGAGUGAGUGGACACUUCUUGGGCAGGACUCUGCCAAACUCAGCCCUCAUCAGCAUUUUGGACUUCAGAGUCAGUCACCCCAUUUUGCAGCUAAGGCCUCACCAUGGGGCUAUUCAGGUGGGACUAGGAUGUUCCUUCUUGUUUGGUGCACAGCAGUGGCAAGGCUAACUGCAUAUCAGGUUUGACCUGUUCUGGGCAAAGCAAGAACUGGGGACUGAGACUGUGGCUGUGUGUCCGGUGAGUAACCUAAGGCACAGAGCAAGCAAGGACUGCCUAUAGCGGGGCCAGCCAGAUGGGUCAGAGGGGCACAGUUGGCUACUUCCCAUCAGCUCGGCACCCUCAGCAGCAUCUGUGCUCCCCCAAAGGUCACCAGGGACUGCAGGAGCAUGAACAAAGGCCACCCUGGGGUGACACCGUGUGCAUGGGGAACUCUGUGGCACAGGGAAGCAGAGGGUCCUGGGGUGAUGCUGAGGCCCAGGCUUCAUGAAGAAGCCCUUUCUCUGGCCCCUCUGGCCACAGUACCUCCCUAUCACCCCUCGUCCCUGGCAAGUCAAGCUGAUGGCCCGCAGUGGCCUCUCCUCUCUCACAGGUGUCAGCUCUGUCACCCAGUGAGGUGACAGCCAACCCACCAGCAUGCCCUGGGCAUUGCCACUGCGAUGGUCACCAUGGGGCCGGCCUGGUGUGAAGGCCUUGAUCACUGCCGGGGUGUUUGUAACCACCCUCUGGAACCUGAGGUUCUUCCUCAACCCCUCCAAAGGCUGUGGAGAAGAGCCUAAACAGAGGGAGCCAUUGGUGAUUCUGGUGUGGGAAUGGCCCUCCAAGCAGGUCCCCAGUGUCAGCAGAGAUGUGUGCCAUGAGCUGUACAGCAUCACAGGCUGCCAGCUCACUACAGAGCGGCAGCUCCUGCACCAGGCCAAUGUGGUGGUGUUCCCCCACUCCAGGCUCCAGCCUGGCCAGGACAAACUGCCCAAGGAGAGGCUGCCGGGGCAGAACUGGGUGUGGGUCUCCCUGGAGUCCCCCUCCAACACUAGAGCUCUAGCAGCAUGGAACCAGACCUUCAACUGGGUGAUGACCUAUAGACAGGAUUCGGACAUCUUCAUCCCCUAUGGCAAGCUUGUACCCAACCAGUCAGCCACCGUGAACAUCCCCGCAAAGACCAACUUGGUGUCCUGGGUUAUCAGCAACUACCACAGGACUCAGAAAAGAGCUGAAGUCUACAAAAACCUCUCCAGGUACCUCCAUGUGAAUAUAUACGGGAAAGCAAACAACAAGCCCCUCUGCAAGGACUGCCUCUUGCCAACAAUAUCCAAGUCCAAAUUCUACCUGGCCUUUGAGAACUCCAUCCACCGAGACUACAUCACAGAGAAACUCUGGAGGAACUCACUGCUGGCUGGCACUGUGCCUGUGGUGCUGGGGCCACCCAGGGCCAACUAUGAGCAGUUUAUUCCUGCAGACUCCUUCAUCCAUGUCAAUGACUUUGGCUCCCUAAAGGAGCUGGCCACCUUCCUGAAGACAGUGAACUCCAGCCGCUACCGGCAGUUCUUUGCCUGGCAGAGGAGGUUCAGUGUGAAGCUCUACACUGACUGGAGGGAGCGGAUCUGUGCCAUCUGUACAGCCUACCCCCGCCUUCCCCAUGGCCACCUCUAUCCUGACCUGCAGAGCUGGUUCAACUCCUAGUGCAUACCGGGACCCUUGGGAUGAAUGCAGGCAGGGGUGCACACAUGAUGUGGAGCAAAAACAGGAGCACCCCACUCUCCUCCCGGCCCAGCUGUUGCCACACUGCAACUUCAAGCAACUCCCCAUGACUUCAUUUUUUGUGAAACAGGACUUAUCACCCCGACCCAACACUGAACACCUUGCCAGGGUGCUGGCAGGACCAGAGGGUACUUUGGAAAUAAGUGGCACAGUGCUGCUGAGGCUGUGCAUGUGGUGUGGGCAGGACAGCAGGGUGGUGGUGAUGGCUCAGGGCUCCCUGACCUCCCCUGUGAUCCUCAAUGUCCCCUCAGCACCUUCUGCUGGGUGCCAAAGUCCUGGCAGCAGAGGCCCUGUGGUGACAUUUUGUGGCUGGGCUGGAGUGGCAGGGGUCAGCCCAGGGGGGUCCAUUACUCCAUGGCUAGGGAGGAAGGACAGCAUCUGCUCCCCUUCUUCCUUGCAGUACCCAUUUCCUGUCCCCAAACCCUGAGCCAUGGGUGUCGCUGUGCCAGUGAGGAGGCACAGGACAGCAGAUGCUCUCAGAGCAGCCUGUGCUGCCAGGCAGGCAGAGGGAUACUGUGGUUUGUCACUCCCUCCCUGCUGUGACAGGAAGCCAGUGAGCUGACAGCCUCUGAAGGCUUGCACCAUCCUCGAGUAAAGCCAGUCCCGUGGGGAACUUGCACAUGUACACAUUGCACUGGGGAAACCCUGCAGCAUGGGCGCCCUGCACCAUGGACAUCCCAAGAGGAAGUACCCAUCUAGGAUCAUGAAAUUGGGGUGAAAAUCGGGGUUGAGUGACGUGACCAGGGGUAAGAAAUGACUGCUCCAUCUGUGCCUUGCUCUUUGCCCCUCUACUCAGUGCCAUCAACUCCCUUGAUAUAAACAACUCUUUUUGUCACAA